AAAGAUGAGAUUGUAAACAUUAUUGCAAAUUACUCUUUUAGAGAAAUAAAAAUUUCGUUUACGAGGGAAGGACAAGGUGUAUUUGUUGUGUACUCCGCCGGUAAGAAACUAAAAACACUAACACAAACGCGAACGAGUGAAAACAGCCAUAGAAAUGGACGGAGAACUGCCGCCGGCAUCGGCACCGGCUCCGGCUCCGGCUCCACUGUCCAUCCAUCCUGCCGUAACACCGCUAUCAUUCUUACUCGGAACAUGGAGAGGCAAAGGCGAAGGUGGAUUCCCCACCAUUAAUUCCUUCUCUUACGGCGAGGAACUUCACUUCUCCCAUUCUGGCAAGCCAGUGAUUUCCUACAGUCAAAAGACAUGGAAACUCGAUUCUAAAGAGCCAAUGCAUGCUGAGAGUGGCUAUUGGCGUCCCAAGCCCGAUGGUACCAUUGAGGUAGUCAUCGCUCAAAGUACUGGUCUCGUUGAAGUUCAGGUCCUGUCUGCUGAAACAAAACCUCCCUUUUGCCCUCACUUGGCCCUGUCUUUCCCGCCAAAACGAACGGCCAUCUUUUCUAACCGUUGAAAUCUCAGUCGCCAUCUUUGAAAUUGCAACGAUUUGAUUUCUUCAAUCUCGACUUACUCCAUGGCCCUAAAGCUCAGAUUCUGAAACUACACUGCCACUAUCAACUGUAUCGUCAAUUGCUAUGUCAGAUUCAGCAAGAGUUGUAGCCGCACAUCAACUGUUCGAUGAAAUGCCCAACAUAAAUGUUGUGUCACGGAUCUCACUCAUGGCAGGUUAUGUUGAGAUUGUGGCUGGUAUUGUUCAUUCACAGUUCAGGCGGUGUCGAGAAGUUCAAUUGUUUUCGAAGACUCCACUUUUGCAGCUGCAACCGAGGCCUGUUUGAAAAGUUCCGUGCCUAUGUUAAGAUUUUUGGCUAUGGAGCUAAUGUUAUGGUCUGUUCCUCUCGCUUCUUGAUACGUAUGGGAAGUGUGUAACGAUGUUGAAGCUAGGAGAGUCUUCGAUUCCAUGUUGUGUAAGAUUAUUGUUUUGAUUCCAUGUCGUGUUCCAGUUGCAAUCAACACAAGCUUCUUCUCGCAUCGCCAGGCUUCAGCGCGAUCUAGCCUCAAACGCAACCUUUUUCGCGUAACGUCUCUUCUACAUAGCUAAAAUAAACCUUUCAACAAAGCUUCUUCCUUUUCUGGAUCUGGGUCCUACAAAUCAUGUACUAAAAACGUUGGUAUUUCAUUUGAAAGUGAGCUUUAUGGAUAGAUUAUAUGGUUGAAGUGGAUAGGUGUGAAAUGAAAUUAAUCAUCGUGAGUUGACCUAGUUUAGUUGCUCAUUAAGGGACAUGGGUGUGACAUGGCUAGAGCUUUAGCGGGAAUGAAUUCAAAUGUAUGGCGGUCAACUAUUUAGGAUUUAAUAUUCUACGAGCUUCCCUGACACCUAAAUUUUAUAAGAUUAGACUGGUUUUCACAUAA